AUGGCAGAAUUCGUGCGCGCCCAGAUCUUUGGAACUACCUUCGAGAUUACCUCGAGGUAUUCUGACCUCCAGCCGGUGGGCAUGGGAGCAUUUGGGCUGGUUUGCUCCGCGAAAGACCAGCUCACAAAUCAGAAUGUCGCCAUCAAAAAGAUCAUGAAGCCCUUCAGCACUCCAGUUCUCGCCAAGCGGACGUACCGAGAGUUGAAGCUGUUGAAACACCUGAAGCACGAGAAUGUUAUCUCUCUGAGUGACAUCUUCAUUUCUCCGCUGGAGGAUAUUUACUUCGUCACGGAGCUGCUGGGCACCGACCUUCACAGGCUGCUCACCUCCAGACCGCUGGAAAAACAAUUCAUUCAGUACUUCUUAUACCAGAUCAUGAGAGGGCUGAAAUAUGUCCACUCGGCUGGCGUCGUCCACCGAGAUCUGAAGCCCAGCAACAUUCUGGUUAACGAGAACUGCGACCUGAAGAUCUGCGACUUCGGCCUUGCGCGUAUUCAGGAUCCUCAGAUGACCGGCUACGUCUCUACGAGAUACUACCGAGCGCCCGAGAUCAUGCUCACAUGGCAGAAGUACGACGUCGAGGUCGAUAUCUGGAGCGCGGGCUGCAUCUUCGCCGAGAUGCUCGAGGGCAAGCCGCUUUUCCCCGGCAAGGACCACGUCAACCAGUUUUCUAUCAUCACAGAGCUCCUGGGCACACCACCGGACGACGUUAUCAACACCAUUGCUAGUGAGAACACUCUGCGCUUCGUCAAGUCCCUGCCCAGGCGGGAAAGGCAACCGCUCAAGAACAAAUUCAAGAACGCCGACCCAUCGGCCAUUGACAUGCUGGAGCGGAUGCUUGUCUUUGAUCCUAAGAAACGGAUAACCGCGACCGCGGCCCUAGCUCACGAUUACCUUGCGCCGUACCACGAUCCCACCGAUGAGCCUGUUGCCGAGGAGAAGUUUGACUGGAGCUUCAAUGAUGCCGAUCUUCCCGUCGACACCUGGAAGAUCAUGAUGUACUCGGAGAUCUUGGACUACCAUAAUGUGGGGGCGGCCAAUGUCGACGCGAUGGCAGACCAGGGCUUCGUCGGCCAAUGA